AUGGCGAAAACGUUCAAUACCGUCACGCCUGUUGCUUACAACUUCAUUGAACCGAAGUCAGCCUUGAAGACUGCUAACAUAAGGGUCAAUCAUGUCCCCACCAGCUUCAGGCUUCUUCACCAGAAGGCCGCUGCUGUCGUUCCUCCGCUGAUUGAUGGUAUCCGUGUUGUCACGGCUGCAGAGUACAAAGAAGCAGCUGCUUGUUUGGCAGAGGCCUUUGCAGAGGAUGAUGUUGCUCGUUACUUCAUUGAUGUGCCUGAUCGUGAGCACUGGACUGAAGAGGAAAAGUGGGCUUUGCAUGUCGAGAUUUUUGAAUAUGUUGUGUAUGCUCAUAUCCUGAAGGGACUGGUGACUACGGUGGGAGAUUUCGAAGCGGUCGCGCUUUGGAUGCCACCGGAUCAGAACAUGGACGACUACCUGACCAUCUUCCGCAGUGGCAUGUGGCGUCUCAACUACCGGCUUUCGGCAGAAGGCAAUCGCCGCUUCUUCAACGAGUUCCUACCGCUUCUCCACGACACCAAGCAUGCCACUCUCGGCAACGGCGAGAAUGAGGCCUGGUAUCUCGUCUACAUCGGCACUAGGCCGUACGGGCGUGGCAAAGGACAUGCCCGUAAGCUCGUCGAGCAUGUGACGAGGCUGGCGGAUCGUGAGGGUAGAGCGUGCUACCUGGAAUCGAGUAGUGGGGCCAACGUGCCAAUCUAUGAAAAGUUUGGCUUCGAAGAGACUCGCAAAAUUUAUUUGCAGCGAGGAGGGAGGAAUAUUCCGCUGAACAUCAUGGUUCGGGCGCCGGUGUCGCAGGAUAAGAAGAGAAACGGUGUGUAA